ACUGUUUUUAAACAAAAACAGCACUCCAGCGCCAAGCCCUGCCCCCUCACGGCUUCACCCUCUGCCAUCGCCUAGCGUCCAGCCGCCCCUUACCGCCGUCCGCCGGAUCCGGCCAGUUCUCUCAGGCUCUCACUCACCCAGUCACUCUCUCAAUCUCUCAUUCAGGAAUUUGAUCCAAUUUAAAGGUGCACCCGCUCGGCAAAAAAUCCUGGGUCUGCCACUGGCCUGCCUUCACCACUGAAACAGAACAUCGCUCUCGCUGCUUCUCUCUCUCUCUCUCUCUCUCUCUCUAAGUCUUAACUCCUCAGUCUCAGGACCCGUGUUGAAAUCUUUCCAUGGCGUCUAAGAAGAAGGAAUCGGAAGGCAUCGCCCUUCUCUCUAUGUAUGGCGACGAAGACGACGAUAUGGAAGAAGAUAUAGAUACUGAUGACAACAACAGUGAUAACGACGCUGUUCCACAAGAGAACAAGGAACAGAGCGAAGUUGGUGCGACCGAAACUGUGAAUAUGGAAGAAGAUGAUGCUGAGGCCCUUAAUAAUAGCAACAAUAUUAGUUAUAACUAUGGAAGCAAUGUUGAUCCAGUUGUUAUAUUGGAUUCUGCUAAUGAUAAUACAACACCAGUUUCUAUUGAUAAUUCAACACCACCGCCUCCAUUAGCUCAGCAAGUGAUUGGUGUGGAGCCUAGCAGAGGUAUGAAGGGGACUCUAACGAUUGUCGAUUAUGGGCAUGAUGAGGCAGCGUUGUCUCCUGAAGCAGAGGAAGGGGAAAUAGUAGCAACUGGUCGUGUAACGUUUGGUGCAGAGCUUCAAACUGUAAAUGGAACACCGCCAGGGACAGUACAGCUAUUAACACCAAGCACACAAUCAACUCCUCCUCAAUCAUCUGAACUUGUUGAACAAUCACAGUCUGAUGCAAUGAACUAUAAGGGAAACGAAUCAGAAUCUGCAGUGCCUGAAGAAGCUGUAAAUAUGACUGAAGAUGGACAGAAGGAGAUGGAUCCUUUAGACAAGUUUCUUCCCCCACCACCAACGACAAAGUGCUCUGAUGAACUGCAAGAGCGGGUGCAGGAAAAGAUUGUCAAGUUUAUGAGGCUGAAGAUGAAAACUGGGAGAAGCUUUAAUUCGGAAGUGCGCAAUAGGAAAGAAUAUCGCAACCCAGACUUCUUGCUACAUGCUGUGACUUACCAGGACAUCGAUCAGAUAGGAUCUUGCUUCAGUAAAGAUGUUUUUGACCCCCAUGGUUAUGACAAAAGUGAUUACUAUGAUGAGAUAGAGGCUGAUCUGAAGAGGGAAUUGGAGAGGAAAGAGCAAGAUAAAAAGAAAAACCAAAAGAUUGAUUUUCUUUCUGGUGGAACACAAUCUGCUGCAGCUAUCCCGAUGCCAAAAAUCGUGGCGAUUCCAGCUGGUGGUGGAUCAAGUUCAGUUUCAGCUGCUGUUGAUACUGGGACCCGGGAGGGCAGGCCAAAUAAGAAAUCCAAGUGGGAUAAGGUUGAUGGGGACAGAAGACAUCCACUGACCACCAGUGGGCAGGACUCUGGGUCACAUGCAGCCGCCCUUUUAUCUGCUGCUAAUGCUGGGACUGGGUACACAGCUUUUGCGCAACAAAGACGGAGAGAGGCAGAGGAAAGAAGGUCGAGCGAUAGGAAAUUGGAUAGAAGGUCAUGAACCACUUCAAUCGUCCCAUUGUAAAUUAUAAAAAAAAAUAUUUCCCUUUUAUUUCCAGGGAAACAUCACGGCUUGGAUAGAAGAUCAUGAACAACUCCAAUUAUCUGCUUUUUUU